CGUCCGCCGCGGUCACGAGUGUCGCCGCCUCGCGCUUUUUCCCGCCUCGCGCCGUCAAGCGCGCCGUUAUAUCUGGCGCAGGAAGUUCAACGCAGAAGUAAGAACAGAAACGCAGCCAAAUGUAAUUCCUCUGUGCUCUCAGCGAAGGCAGAACGCCGAGUUUCUCCGCGAAGCGAACGCUCAUCGUUGGCACAGCCAUGUUUUAUUCGGUGUACUACGGAAAGAUGAGCAAGGAGGAGACGGAGCGGGUGCUCGAGCGCUACGGGCGCGAGGGCAGCUUCCUCACUAGGGACAGCGAGAGCGAGCCGGGCUCCUACUGUCUGUGCGUGCGGAGGUCUUUCGUUGUCCAUACCUUCAGAAUUUCUCGCUCUGCUGGAGGAUGGGCUAUUCAGACGCCUCCUGGAGAGAAACCGCAGUGUUUUCAGACGCUGAAUCAGCUCAUUGAUUAUUACAGAAAGGAAACCCCCGGCAACAUGGUACCUCUUCUACAUCCUCUGGAAAAACAAGCUCUGGGUCUGAACGAAGAUCCGAAGUACUUGGAGAUUUAACACAUGAUGGUUCGCCUGGCAUCACUGAGGACCAGAGCCAACUUGACAGCCUUUAAGAGAGCUUGUGUGUGUGUUUUUUGUGUCAACCCAACAGCCAACAGUGUUAAUGCUGAAAACGAUCCAUGUAAAUGUAGUGCACUGAAAACUGAAUGUGUGCCUUUUUUCUUAAUAAUUUUACAACAUUGUUGGUACUGAAAAUGUUUUUUCUUUCAUUCACCCUGUGUCGAUAAGCUACAUGAGGCAGUAUGAUUUCUUAAUGCAGUUAUCUUCUGGAAUUUGACCCAGGGCAAACACUUGAGUCACAUGUAAGGGAAUUGAUUUAUCUUACGUCCAGAAAGCUGAUUUCAGAUCAGAAACUCUAAAUAUUGUUCUUUUUGGUUAAUUGCGGUGGUUUGAAUGCGCAAUUUACUCUUAUCAAUUUAUUAAAGGGAGACCCUGCAUUCCAUCACUAAUAAUUGGGGGAAAAGGCUCAUUUGUUGUCGUUUAUAUGAUAUUUGAUAGUAUUAACUACUUUUAGUGGCUGAUAGUUUGUGCCACUUUCAAGUUUGUGCCACUUUUCAAGAUAAAGGACCUAGCUAUUAAACCAAAUUUUCUUAAUUAUUUUGAGAAUUUAAAAAGUUGCUUUUAAGUAGGCUGGCCCGUGAACACAGCCUGACACACUCAAUCGGUUUUUAAAAAAAGUUGUUUUGUCUCUUAAUUUCCUUCAAGAAUACAGCCUUUUUUUUAAUAGUCUCAGUGUGGGAACCACAAGAUUGUGUGUUGUUUUCUUGAAAUGUUACAUAUGCAACUGCCAGUUUUCAGACAUGGGCAGCAAGGGCUUGGAAAUAACUUGGUACAGAUUACCUGAUUAUGCCAUGGUCUUUGUAGUAUUUGACCUGGUUUUACUCCUGUUAAGGGAGCCUGUUCAUUUUCAAAUGACUAUACCUUUGAGCAUGUUCCUUAACCUUCUUUCAUUUCAAUUCUGUGGAUUUCAUCAUUAAUUUUACAUUAUAUUAUCUAAAGCGCUUUCUUUGGGCCAUUCACUUUGUUCACUAAUGUAUGCAAUUUAUUAUGAGUGCUUCUCAUCAAUUUGCUGUGCUUGCUGUGGAUCUUAACCAGAAUUCCAUUUACCAGCCCUGAGUGUGAAAUGUAAAUGAACCAGGGCAUCAAUCACCAUAGAGUUCCAGGAAAAAAUUUGCAAAGGUAAUUAAAAAUAAUUAAAAAACAGA